UCAUAAAUGCACAAGUUCAGUCCCGAGUUUACGCAUUUAUGGAGACCACAGUAUUUCUCGCGUCUCGUUCGAUUAAUUUUUUUUUCUUUUUUAUUAUAACAUCCACAUGAACUUUACAAUUUAUCCCGUUAGGCGUUUGAUAAAUUGUUUUCUUGUUACACGUUUUUGUACUAAUGUAGAAUCGCUUUGUUCGCCAGACUGGAAGGCUCAACAUGUACAAUUUAGGUGUCCAUCUGCGCGAAGUAUAUGGACAAUUAUUGGGGGAUAUUUUCACGACGGAAGUGAUGAAAAUGCAUACAACAGAGUAUCCACUGUCGAUGAUGUCCGCUCAAUUAGUGAAUGCAGGACUCUGGCCUCCAGCGGAAAGCCAAAUAUGGAACAGCGAUUUAAAUUGGCAGCCGAUACCCACAGAAUACGUAUCCAUCGAUAAAGACACUUUAUUACUCGGGACGCGGUGUCCAAAUUUUAUUUCUGAAAUGAAGAGAGUAUUGAGUACACCUGAAAUGCAACGUACAAUGUUGCAUUAUUUGCCUUUAUUCAAUUACGUAUCUAAACAUUCUGGAAUGGAAAUAAGAGAACCGUUUGAAGCAGCUCUUUUGUAUGCGAUUCUCGAGACGAAGGUAAAGCGUUUAUAGUAGCACAGUAUUAAAAA